GUAGAAACCAGUGGGCUUCGGUGAACAUCUGUCUCGCAUGCGAGUCGCGCUCUGAUUGGACGCAUCCCCACCAAGAGGAUAUAGUGUCAGCUGUAUAAAUUGUUCGAAUGAUCGGCACAUGUCACGUGAAGAAGUAGAAGGAAUCACUUGUAAGUUUCAUAGAGGAACCAGUGACUGUUAAUAGUACACAAUGUCUGCAGCAGGAUUUCUACCGAACGAUUCUUCCUUUGCAACGAGAGCAAUUCAUGAUGGCCAAGAUCCGGAAAAAUGGUCCUCGCACUGCAUGAUACCGCCAAUAAUUAUGUCAACUACUUUCAAACAAUCAGAGCCAUGUGUAUUUAAGGGAUAUGACUAUAGUCGCAGUGGAAAUCCAACAAGGGAUGUUCUCGAAUCUUGCCUAGCCUCUCUAGAUGAUGCUAAGUAUGGCUUGGCAUAUGCUUCAGGACUUGGAGCAACUACUACUGUUAUUCAUCUCCUCAAUGCUGGUGAUCAUUUUGUUGCCAUGGAUGACUUGUAUGGAGGCACAGUUAGAUACUUCAACAAGAUUGUGAAGAGAAUGAACAUAAAUGUCACUUAUGUUGAUGGCACUGACCAUAAUGAGAUAGAGGCAGCAAUAAGAGACAAUACAAAGUUAAUAUGGAUAGAAACUCCAACAAAUCCUUUACUGAAAGUGGCAGAUAUUAAGAAGAUAUGUGACAUUGCACACAAGAAAAACAUUCUAGUUGCUGUUGACAACACAUUUUUGACUCCAUACUUUCAAAGACCAUUGAACUUGGGUGCAGACAUGGUUGUCUAUUCCUUGACCAAAUAUAUGAAUGGCCACUCGGAUAUAAUAAUGGGAGCAGUGACCACAAAUAAUCAAGAAGUGUAUGAGAACCUUAAAUUCUUGCAGAAAUCCAUGGGUAUUGUUCCUUCUCCAUUUGAUUGUUAUUUAGUGAACAGAAGUUUAAAAACUUUGCACAUAAGGAUGAAAGAACACAUGGCAAAUGGCCUGGCAGUUGGAAAAUAUUUAGAAAGCCAUCCUUUAGUUGAAAAGGUUAAUCACCCAGGCCUCCCAGCGCAUCCACAGUAUGAACUGACACUGCGACAGUGCCAUGGUCACAGUGGGAUGAUCUCAUUUUAUAUAAAAGGUGGCCUAAAAGAAGCUAAGCGUUUUCUGAGUGCUCUAAAAGUCAUCUCUUUAGCAGAGAGUUUAGGUGGAUUUGAAAGCUUGGCUGAAAUUCCCUCCCUCAUGACACAUGCUUCUGUCCCACCAGAGCAGAGAGAGAAACUUGGAAUUACAGACAAUCUGAUACGUUUAUCAGUUGGCCUCGAGUCCUCGGAAGACCUAAUAAAAGAUUUAGAUCAAGCUCUUCAGGCCAGUGCAAAAUGAAGGGACCACUCCAUAUGAUGUUUGCCAAAGUCAAUUUUUGUGAGGAAAAAAAGUAACAAAAUAAAAAGUGCCAUAUUUUUAGUGGAUUCAUAUUAUUACAGAAACCAAAAUGCUAAA